UUCAUCAACAAUGCCUCUCGCAAUCCAAGCCUUUUUCGUCGCUCUUCUCUUCUCUUGCAUUGCUUCAGCAGCUAUCGUCGAACAUGUUUUCCACGUGGAAGACGUGAUGAUGAAACCGUUGUGCAAGGAGCAAAUGAUACCGGCUGUUAACAGAAGUCUUCCCGGUCCAACAAUUGACGUUAGAGAAGGCGACACUCUUGUGGUUCAUGUCAUCAACAACUCAACUUACAACAUAACUAUCCACUGGCAUGGAGUUUUUCAGAGGAACAGCCCAUGGAUGGAUGGUGCGAAUAUGAUAACUCAAUGUCCGAUUCAACCAGGUUAUAACUUCACAUAUCGAUUCGAUAUCACUGGACAAGAAGGUACAUUGUUAUGGCACGCACACGUCGUUAAUCUGCGAGCCACUCUUCACGGGGCUAUAAUCAUUCGUCCCCGAUCUGGUCGUCCCUACCCUUUUCCUAAACCUUACAAAGAAGUUCCUAUCAUUUUUGCACAAUGGUGGGACGUAGAUCUUAGAGUUCUCCAGCUACGGCCAGCUCCUAUUGCCGAUGCAUUUCUGAUAAAUGGCCUCGCCGGAGAUACAUAUUCUUGCUCUAAGAACAGGAUGUAUAACCUCAAGGUAGUACAAGGAAAAACAUACUUGUUAAGGAUUAUAAAUGCGGCGCUCAACACUCACCUCUUCUUCAAAAUAGCAAAUCACAAUGUGACAGUUGUUGCUAUAGAUGCUGCCUACACAACUCCUUACGUCAGCGAUGUGAUGAUUUUGACGCCGGGACAAACCGUUGACGCACUUCUCACCGCCGAUCAACCCAUUGGUUUGUACUACAUGACCAUCAGCGCUUACAUUAGUGCCCACCCUAUCGUACCGCUUCCCACUGAUAGAACCAUAAAUGGUAUGGUCGUCUACGAGGGUGCCACGUUGAACACAUCUCCAGCAAAGACGACGAUGCCUGAAGGGAUGAACCACAUUUCGACUGCUCAUAGAUUCUCCUCGAACAUGACCAGCCUUGUGGGUGGACCCCACUGGACGCCGGUGCCUCUCCAUGUGGACGAGAAGAUGUUCAUAACCAUGGGGCUUGGUCUAGACCCAUGUCCUUUAGGAACCAAGUGUCCUGGACCGUUAGGUCAAAGAUAUGCCGGUUCUCUCAACAACCGUACUUUUCCAAUUCCGCAAACACUUUCUCUACAGGAAGCUUAUUAUUACAAUAUUAGUGGAAUCUACACAGAUGAUUUCCCCAACCAGCCACCGCUCAAAUUUGAUUAUACAAAUUUCGAAGUCACUGGUGAUAAUGAGUACAAAAUGUUGUUUCCAGAAAGGAAAGCUAGCGUCAAGAAACUUAAGUUCAAUUCUACAGUCGAGGUUAUUGUACAGAACACAGCCAUAAUCACCAGUGAGAGCCAUCCUAUGCACCUUCACGGCUUCAACUUCUACGUGUUAGGUUAUGGUUACGGUAAUUAUGAUCCAAUCAAUGAUGCAAGAAAGCUAAAUCUAGUCAACCCGCAAAUGCGCAAUACUGUUGGUGUACCACCAGGUGGAUGGGUUGUACUCAGAUUUAUCGCUGAUAAUCCUGGUGCAUGGAUGUUUCAUUGUCACAUGGAUGCACAUUUACCUUACGGAAUUAUAAUGACUUUCAUAGUUGAAAAUGGACCAACACCGGAAACAAGCUUGCAACCUCCGCCGUCGAAUCUUCCACAAUGCACUCGGGAUCCCAAGAUCUAUGAGUCUCCCACUACUAACAUUGAUUUGUCUUAUUAGAACA